AGACGCAUUGGAGGAAGAACCCCAGGGCGUCUCUGUGUCUCUGUCUGGUUUGAUGACCCCCACCUCAGCCGCCGGUAUGGCCUCAGGCAUAGAGCUGCCCAGGAAACGGAAAGGCAGCAUGGACAACCCGGAAACAAAAUCUGCAUCAAAUCUAGAGGAGGAUAUGGAGGACGAUCAGAGAAGAUCGGAAGGAGUUGACCAGCACUUAAAAAUUAAGUGUGUCAGAGAACCUCACAGUCAGAUUGAGAAACGACGGCGAGAUAAGAUGAAUAACUUGAUUGACGAGUUGGCAGCGAUGAUACCCACCUGUAACCCCAUGUCCCGCAAGCUUGACAAACUCACUGUGUUACGAAUGGCUGUCCAGCACCUCAAAUCACUCAAAGGAGCAAGCAGCUCAUUUGCAGAAACCAAUUACAAACUUCCGUUCCUCCCAGACGAUGAGCUCAAACACCUUGUCCUAAGGGCUGCUGAUGGAUUUCUCUUUGUGGUUGGCUGUGACCGUGGAAAAAUAGUCUUUGUAUCAGAAUCGGUUUCAAAAAUCCUGAACUACAGUCGGACGGAGUUAAUUGGACAGAGCCUGUUUGAUUAUGUUCAUCCAAAGGACAUUGGUAAAGUGAAGGAACAGCUGUCUGCCUCUGAACUCUACCCGCGGGAGCGCCUCAUCGACGCCAAAACGGGAUUGCAGGUGCAGACUGAGCUCCCCGUCGGAGCAGCUCGGCUUUGCUCUGGGGCCCGGCGCUCAUUCUUCUGCCGAAUGAAGUACAACAAAGUUACCAUCAAACAGGAGAAGGUCUUUCAGGCUGGGGCCUCAAAAAAGAACGAGUCACAGCGGUACUGCACUGUGCACUGCACGGGCUACAUGCGCACCUGGCCCACGCACCAGCUAGGCACGGAGGGGGAGGCUGAGGCGGAUAAAGAGAGCUCCCAUUUCAGCUGCCUUGUAGCAGUGGGCCGCACGCACCCCCACACCCUCCCGCAGGCCAACGGAGAGAUCAAGGUCAAGCCCACCGAAUUUGUCACCCGCUGCGCCAUGGAUGGCAAAUUCACAUUUGUGGAUCAACGAGCCACCACCAUUCUGGGUUACUUACCCCAGGAGCUGCUAGGCACAUCCUGCUAUGAAUACUUCCAUCUGGAUGACCUGCCUCAUUUGGCAGAUAGACACCAAAAAGUGCUGAGAAGUAAAGAGAAGAUUGAGACAAACUGCUAUAAGUUUAAAACGAAAUAUGGCUCCUUCGUCACCUUACAAAGUCAGUGGUUUAGUUUUAUAAAUCCCUGGACCAAAGAAAUAGAAUACAUAGUGUCAACCAACACAGUUAUAUCCGGUAAAAGUAAUCCAGGUGGAUCAGGGGAUAAAGCCGAGCAGCCUAGCAGUUCCAAGGCCUCGGAGGAUGAUGCCAAGAAGUCCCAACAAGUUCCAAUCAUCCCAGGGAUCUCCAGUGCAUCAGGCAUGAUUUACGCUGGGUGCAUAGGGACCCAAAUUGCUAAUGAGAUAAUGGACUAUAAUAGGAUGAACUCCUCACCAUCCAGCGGCAAUACAAGUCCAUUCAGUUUACCGCAGGACAAGUCUUCACUGGCCCUUGCGCAGGCCAGCAGCAACGUGCCAAAUGGGGAAGCAACAGAUGUGGAGAUGACUGGCAAAUCAAGCUCAGAGGAGGAAGCGAGGGGUGGGGCCUUCACAGCAGGAGAAAAUCUGAUGGAGGGGAGCUCUCAGUUGGAUCUGGAGGGGGUUCCUGGUUUGGGUGCUCUGAGCACUGACGAGGCAGCCAUGGCAGUCAUUAUGAGCUUACUGGAAACAGAUGCCAACCUGGGUUAUCUGAUGGCUGCCCUUGGUGAAGGAGAACCGAAGGGGAUGGGCGUCUCUCUUAGUACCUUAAGCUGAGUACCUUAAGCAACAGGACCAGGUUUUAUGUGGUCUGGUGUGCAUUUCUUCAUCUCAGCUCUGAGGUCACGUCUGCCCAUUGGCAUGGAUCAGAACAGAGAGACGUUCUUGGCCUGUUUUGCCAUGUUGAGAAACACAUGCCUCAGCCAAGCCAUAAGGCAAGAACCCAAAUAGUCCACUGUGAUCCAGUGGCAUAAGGAUUUCAAAACUAUUUCCUUAGUCAAUCAACACUUGAACUGAUGCUUUGAGGCAAAACUGGACUGAAUUUAUUUUUUAUAAAAACGUCAUGGGAUUCCUUUGGCAAGGGAAGCCUGGUAGUUAUUUUACCCUUUUAGAGCAGAAAUCGUCUCAAAUUCAAUGUUUUUUGAUGAACAAGUGGAACAACAGGGAGGGGUAUUGGUAAGUGCUUGUGGUCAUUUGUCAAACAGAACUACUUGAAAAGACUGUGGAAAAAUCAGAAAUUAGAGGAUCACCGUUAGGCCUGACAUUUGUUUUUUCCUCUCUAGUCUACAAACCUGUGUGUGAAUGUGUACUUUUCCUUCAGACCUUCGCCUGUCCUGCCAGGGCUAUGCUUCUCUUGAAACAGGGCCGUCACUAAGAUUUACAAGGCCUGGGACAGCAUUUUUACUGAUGGGGCCCAUUGAGUAAGCUGUAUUAUAGAGGACCUGGGACAAUGUUGUUGCCCCCUUAGGUAGAUGUAUUAGAUCUGCUGUUCUGAAAGAUUUUCUGGAUGGAGAUCAGCAACAGGUAUAAUGGGGAUUGGAAACUAAUAAGGGCAGGGUCUCUCAGGGAACAAUUCAUGGAAACCCCUUCUCAAAAUCCUUUAGCGGAUCAGCAAAGUACCACUUUUUAGACACUCGAGUUAAGGUGGUGUUUAAGACUUAUACAUUGUUCAGGGCUUCAUUCUUUCAUUAGUUCUUCUUGUUCAGUUAUGUGCAAAGAGGUAUAACAUGCUUAGGUGAUCAACAUUUAGAGGGUGAUUAUUGUUUAAACUGUAUUUUGGAAUUAUAUCCCAUAAUUUUAAGUAUGGGAAUAAUUUAAUCUCUACUCAACUUCAAAGUACUAACAAAAUCACUUUUUAUAGAGUAAAACAACAACAGAGUAAUAGGGAGAUGUAUUUUCACAUUCUUCCUGCUUCAAGAAGGUAUUUAAUACAAAUCCAACAUGAAGUCACUUUUGAAGAUAUAAUGCACCCUAAAAUGAACAGUCUGUUUAUCAUUUACUCACCCUCAUGUCUUUCCAAACCUGUAUGAUUCUCUUUCAUGGAACACACAAAUGGAGAUGUUUAAAAGAAUGUUCACUGUUCUUUUCCGUGUAAUGAAAGUCAAUGGUGACCAUAUGGGCUUUCAAGCAUCAGUAAGGACUAAAAAGCACCAUAGACGUAGUUCAUAAAAUUUGUGUGCUAUAUUGCAAGUCCAACUCCCCCUUCAUAGAUCUCCCAUUUAAUUUACUCAAUUUUCUCGGUUUCAGUGUUGCAUUUACCUUAAGGCUGGAAUACACUACUAAUAGAUUUUGCCCAGAUUUUUACCCUGAUUUACAGUUUCGAGGAGUCUACGCUAUUUGCUGAAAGUCAGAGCCAGCCUGCAGAUUUAGUAGAUUCACAUGAAAUCACGUGUUGUUUGAUACAGAUUUAGAUUUUCUAGCAUCAGGAUAUGAUUCCAUGCAUUUGGAAGAUAUCGAACAUUUUGAGCCGAUUUUAGAGCACAUUGUUUUCAUUUGUCAUCUCUCUCAUUGCAAUGAGGCAGGUUUUCUUCAUGAGUUUGUUGUGUUCAGAAUGACUAUGAAGUCUGGUAGUGAGCAAUCUUCAGUCAUUCAGUGUAUAUGAUGUCCAGUUUUUUCUAUAACCAUUUACAAAGUUUGCAAGUGUAUGAUGCCUGGUGAUUUAAAAUCUGAUUUUAAAAGUCAUGUAGUGCAUUCCAGUCAUAAGG